AUGAACCCCCCAAACCUCCUCCCCCACAACUACACUCAUCAUCAUCAUCACCACCAACCUCCAACCCUAACAACCUACCUAACGCACCUCCCCUUCCUCCCCCUCCACGACCGCAUCACCUCCCUCCACCAUCUAUCCCAAUCCCUCACCCCCCAAAUAACCCCCACGGGCACACGCCUCAUCACCCACCCAUCCUUCACCGGCCCCGCACCCCUAGACCACCUCGGCACCAUCUACAUCACGACAGGCCGCGACUGCGUGGCCAACAACGCCGACCUGACCACACGCAUCCUGCACGCCGACGUCGGCGCGCUUCUCGAAUCCAUCUACGAAAAGAGCAGGGAGUUGCUGGAUGCUGGUAUCCAGGACGGGAGUGUCGUCUUGUCCGAGGAGAAUAAGCUCCGGGAUGGUGCGGGGGCGUGUUGUCGUGGUGAACCGGAGGUGAUGUUCCAGGAGGGGUGGGCGGUCGAAGAGGCGUUGUGGUUUUAUAGAGUGGAUUUUGAGAGUAGAUGGGAGGUUGCGGAUCGGGAUGGGGAGAGGGUGUUGUUUAGGGCGAGUGUAGGGAUGUUGGAGAGGGCGGCGGAGUGGGAGGAAGAUGGGGAGGGGAUGUAG